AAGAAAUGGCCGCGUAUCUAAAUCUUACGAUCAUCGACAAAUACUACGGCACUCCAUUUACCUCUGAGCCGCUGUCUCUUGCCUGGGACUUUCUACAUAUCACAUUCUCCUGCUGCGGUCUUGACAACUACACCGAUUUUGACUCUGCCACCAACUGGAACAAAACUUCUGCUGCCGGCUCCAUGGUUAUACCGCCAUCUUGUUGUAAAGUCCAGGACGCGAGCACCUUCCCAACUUUUACGUUGACCGACACUAACUGUCCGUACAGUCCUUCCACGACCAACUCAAACUACCAGACUACUUGCUACGCUUCGCUGAUGAGCUACGUCCAGACUUACUCCAUCGCAAUAAUAGCUGUAACAUCAUCCGUGGCCGUCCUGCAACUAAUCGUCAUCAUAGCUGCAUGUUGCCUCUGUCGGGCCAUUGGAGGGGACUCAGAUACACGCGCCUAAUUCUAACAGAGAAG